CGUGCAACCAUCUUCCUCUCUUUCAGUCUUCAUCAAAACAGUCUCAGUUUAAUAUCAAUUUGAAGAAGAAAACGAACAAGAAGAGAACAGAAAUGGCAACAACACUAGGUGGUGUGAGUCUAUCUUCCUCAAGAGGAAUUGUGGCGAAGGCAGAUUCACCCAACAAGACACAGAAGAUGGUCAUCUCCCCAUGUUUUGUGAGCCUUAACCAGUACCCAUUGAGGAUGAACAUGAACAUGAAGCAGAGAAACUUAGGAGGAAGAGGAGUAGAUCGCAUGUUAGUGAGGGCUGCACCGGAGAAAAUAUCGGAGAAGGUGGUGGAGAGCAUAAAGAGUGCAGAGGAGACGUGUGCCGACGAUCCAACGAGCGGUGAGUGUGCAGCGGCAUGGGAUGAGGUGGAAGAGGUAAGUGCAGCGGCUAGCCAUGCUAGACAGAAGCAGAAGGACUCCGACCCUUUGGAGACCUACUGUAAGGACAACCCUGAGACCGUUGAAUGCCGCACCUACGAGGAUUGAAGGAUUUAGUCUCUCCUCCCAUAUGGGUUUCCCCUUUCCUUCUUCCUCUUCUUCUUCCUGUUAUCAUCUGUAAGACUACUGCUACAUGGAUGCGCAUCUUCAAUGCUUUUAUCUUCUUUUUUACUCUAUCUUAUCUGUUAGAUUUGCAGCUUUUCUUUUAAAUAAUUUUGGGGGUCUUAAACUUUAGAAACGGGACUCUAAAUUGGAACCCUGAUCAUAUGAUGAUGAAGUCAGUGGAGAUGUAUGUUGGUUUGACUUGAAAUACUUUUAAUAGCCCAUAUAGCCACACAGUUCUAUGCUGUAACCUUUCUGUGUUCUUGAAUGUUGAAUUCCUAUUAAGUAUAAAUUUAAAUCA